AUGAUUCCCGCCAACGCACUCGUAAAUACGAUCCAGUUGGGCAAACCUAAACGUUCUGGUGCACCCAAAAGCCGAAGUGGCUGUAUCUCAUGUAAACGAAUGCACUUGAGAUGUGACGAGGCGAGGCCAGCUUGUAGGCGAUGCGAAAGAUCACAUCGAAUCUGUGAAUACGGAGAAGCCACCCAAAAGGCCAUCCAACCUCUCACAGCCCCCAAAGUUCUUUUGCCAAAGCAAGACCCUUCGAGUCAUAAAGACUUCACCCCUCUCCUGUGCCAGCCUAGAUCCUCCAGUUUGGAGCCCCAUGAAGCACCAUACUUCGAUCUCUUUCGUUACCAAAUGGCUCAUGACUUUGGUUACACCCCUUGUACCCUUUUCUGGAACAAAGUCAUACCGCGGGAAGCCAUGAGCGAUGACUGUGUCAAGUUUUCUGUCUUGAGUGUCGGUGCGCUCAUGCAAUCUCUGUACCGUCUUGGUCCAAGGCCAUAUACUGGCUUGAAGCCUUCCUCGGACCUCUCUAGGGCAUCCAGCGACCCAACGUAUCGCAUCGCUCUGCAUUACCACUCAAAAGCGAUAUCUGCCUUACAAGCCCGGAUCCAGUCAAAUUUUGCCACUGUCUCUCGGCGGAAUACACUUAUCAACAUGUUCAUCCUGUUUCUCUUCGAGCUAAUGCACGGGAACACCGCGACAGCUGAUCGUAUGCUCACCAGCAGCGUAGAGCUAUUACGACAGCAGAAAGAUCAAUUGGCAGAAGAAGUCAAUGAAGGGUUCGAGCCGCAGCCAGAACCUAUCUACACCGCAAUCUCCAACGAUGAGGGAUUGGACCAAGCUGAGCGGAUUCUUCCCCGUUUGCAAGUCUUCUUUAGUCUGAACUCCUGCUUCUUUCCUUUGCAGCGAGACUGCUGGUCGCGCUUUUCUACCCAAGCAAUACCUUGUACGGUACCUUCAGCAAAAGCAGACUUUAACCAAUUUGCCGCUAUGUGGAAUAGUUUCAUCACUCGCGCUGUAAUAUUUGUCGUUAAGACCUUGCAAGAUCGCUCGUACUGUGAUACAUUCCACAGAGCGUCUUUGAUGGCACGACGAGAUAUGCUCCUGGAACAGCUUCGCAAAUGGGAAACUGUCAUCAUCGAAAGACUGGAAGUUGAAACAGGCAUGGUUGCUAAAAAUACAACUAGGAUAUUUCACGUUGGACAAAAAGUUGUCUACAUCCUCCUGAACUGUUGUCUUGACCCUAUGGAGACAGAGUACGACAAAUACGAUAACAUCUUUGCUGAUAUCAUGGAGAUGAUGCACGCUGUCGAGCAUACUUCGGGUUCAUCGACGCGAGUCGAGACUGUCUUGGACAUCUACGUUCUGCCUGUCCUCAACUUUGUAUCGCAAAAGUGUAGGAACAAGGCUAUCAGAUUGGACUCUCUGAACCUGUUCGAAAGGAUGACAUCUACCAUGGGCGGCUGGGAGACCAGAGCCAGUUUGUUAGCGCGCAGACGUCUUAUGGCGAUUGAGGAGGAUGGUCGCGAUGAACAGGGUAUUAUCCCUGCAGGCUCUAGAUACAUCUGGACUGAUACAACUUGGGACAAGGACCAGACUUAUCUAAUUGCCUACUUUCACGAGGCUGGGUACAGAACUCUUUGUAACAAGGUGGUCGAGGACAAUGUUUAUUUAGAGGAGCAGAAAUAA